AUGUUACCUUUAACACUUCUUCGAACUGCGGUGUAUCACCCAAUGCUAAUUGAAUUGAAGAAUGGUGAAACAUACAAUGGAAAUCUAGUUAGCUGUGAUAACUUUAUGAAUAUUCAUUUACGUGAUGUGAUCUGUACUUCACGAGAUGGUGAUCGUUUCUGGAAAAUUUCUGAAUGUUACGUCCGUGGUAACACAGUCAAGUACCUUCGAUUACCGGAAGAUAUUCUUGCGCUUGUCAAAGAAGAUAUCAACGAAAAGCCAUCACGCUCAGGACCGCCCACGCGACGACCCUUUCGUGGUCGAAAUGAUGGUGGACGCGGAGGACGCAGCGGUGGUGGUGCAGGUCGUGGUGGAUACCAAAAUUCGCGGGGAGGCUCAGGUGGCGGCCGCGGCGGUGGCCAAUUCCGUCAAGGACGAUGA